AUGAAGUACUCUGUCGCCGCCGCCCUCGCCGCCGCCGUCACCGGUGUCAUGGCCUCUGGCAACGCCACCGUCGUCACCGAGGUCGUCGACGUCUACACCACCUACUGCCCUGCCGCCACCCAGAUCACCCACGGCAGCAAGACCUACACCGUCACCGAGGCCACCACCCUGACCAUCACCGACUGCCCCUGCACCAUCACCAAGCCCGUCGUCGUCACCUCGUCUGUCGUCUGCAACGACUGCACUUCGGCCCCCGUCGUCCCCACGGCCCCCGUCGUCCCCGUCCCUUCGGUCUCCAACUCCACCGUCCCUGCCGUCCCCUUCGUCCCCGGAGGCGCCCAGCCGACCGGCGGUGUCCCCGCCGCCAGCACCACCGGUGCUAACCCCACCGGUCCCGCUCCCACGGCCGGUGCCGCCAAGGUCGCCGGUCUCUCUGGUGUUGCCGCCGUCGCCGCCGUCGCCGCCUACUUCCUGUAA